AUGCUUUCGAAGAGGCUGCACAGCCGGCACACAACACAGUGACACAGUUGGUGAGGUCAAGCUGUAUGAUUGACAGCUGGGAGAACCAAUCAGGGAGAAGGAGGGAGCUCCUCUUAGCAGGCUUGGACUGGUGGAUACCGAGUGCUCCGUCACACGCACCUCCGCCUGGACCCCCACCUCUCUCCUCUCUGAUGCCCGAGGACGAGGCAUCUCACUGAAGUUUAGCCUCUCUGGAUGAGCAGAAGGAGAUUGGAAGGGUUGUGACAGUAGGAUGUUGACAUUAUCGUCUCUCAGUUGACCCACUUUGUGCUGAGGUGGCCUCCCAUUACUUCCCGGGGACCCCCCAGCCUCAACCAACCACUGCUUGGCGUCCUGUGAUGGCACAGUUCCUCCGGCCACUGUCGCCUUCCAUUGUCCUUUCUUCAGAGCAACACCCCUUUUCAGUGAUGACAUGUCCACCAUGUCAAAGGUGUCAGCCAACGCUGCUUAUUCGGUCCAGGGAUGUGAAAGAAGGCGUCUAGAUGUUGACGGAAAGAGACGUUUGAGGAAAACGCCUUCCCUUUCCAUCAGCACGUACACGCCGGAUCCAAGACUACAACCGCUUGGGAGCAAACAUGUGGGAGGAGAACUUUGAUACGGAGCAUGAAGUCGGCCAGAAACUGGACUACUCGCCCGUACCGUGGCAAGAGUACUUCGAUCAGAUGGAGGACGUAAACGUGGGCCAGGCCGACAGCCGAGACAUCUUCCGGGUUUACAAAGCGGGACACGAGGGGCCCCUGCUCGUUCUUCUGCAUGGGGGAGGACACUCGGCCCUUUCCUGGGCAGUCUUCACUACCGCCAUCGCCGCCAGAGUGUGCUGCCGGGUGCUUGCCAUGGACCUCAGGGGUCACGGUGAGGGAACCAAGCAUCCCUUGUUUCAUUUUAAUAGCAAUUACAAAAGAGUUUUUAUUGCGGAUUUUGUGCUUCAUCCAGGUGACACUCUGGUCCGCCAAUCAGAUGACUUCUCCACUCAAACCAUGUCCAGCGACAUUGCCAACGUGAUCAGAGCAUGCUACGGCGAGACUCCUCCCCCCAUUGUCCUGAUUGGCCACGGGGUCGGCGGGGCGAUUGCAGUGCACACAUCCGGCAAUGAGCUGUUGCCAACCAUUGUGGGACUGGUGGCCAUCGAUGUUGUCGAGGGAAGUGCAAUGGAGGCCCUUCACAGCAUACAGAAUUUCCUGAAAGGAAGACCCAAGUCCUUCAAGUCUAUGGACCACGCCAUCGAGUGGAGUGUCAAGAGCGGGCAAAUCCGGAAUCUGGAAUCUGCUAGAGUGUCGAUGGCUGGUCAAAUCAAAAGGUGUGAGGUGGAGGAGACUGACUCUCUGGAGCAGGCCAGCCCAGUUAGCGAUGUGGUGGUGGAACGCAACGAGGAGUUCUACGACAAAAGCUAUGAUAAAGACGACGCCGCCACAGAGUUGAGCCUCAGCAAAGGCCAGAGUGUCUACAGAUGGCGCAUAGACCUGUCAAAGUCGGAGAAAUACUGGGAUGGCUGGUUUCGGGGAACGUCCAACCUCUUUUUGUCCUGCAACCUGCCAAAGCUUCUCCUCCUGGCCGGAAUCGACCGGCUUGACCGUGACCUGACCAUAGGCCAGAUGCAAGGUAAAUUCAUGAUGCAGGUGCUGCCCCCCUGUGGUCAUGCAGUGCAAGAAGACAAACCAGAUAAAGUUGCUGACGCCGUGGCCUCCUUCCUGUUACGGCACAAGUUUGCAGAGGCCAGAAGAGAAAUUAGCUCAAACUCUUUUACGGAAUGAGGUCCACAUAAUAGCAAAAAGAAGAUCCUGAUCUGAUCCACAUGCUUCAAACAACACAAACCUCCAAUAUUGCUCCAUUUUUAUGGCUGAUUUAUUGCUGUAGUUCUAAGCUUUUAACAAUAAAAUUGACAGUUAA